GCGCGGGCAACAAUAAGCGAAUCAAGACACAUGUCACAGUUUUGCUUACCGUCAGCUGGACAGCAGCGUGAUCUACUUAACUGCUCUAUUUGGCCGGACAAUAAUAGGCUGCUGUGGGGAUCCAUAGGUUUUGAGGUAAUUUACAAAUCAGUUCGAGAGAAUGGGAUCAUCAAUGAGUUCAAUGGGAAGUAACGUUCACCCGCUAUUUUACUUCGAUCCUGACGUGAGGUGGACACCCGAAAGACCCGACUACUGUUCAACCAAAUGGGAACUGCGAGAGAAACUGGACAACCUGGCCGACGCAUCCGAAAAGAUCAAGGAAGUCAGGUACUACACUCACCCGCUCAACUGGUGGCAAAUGUCGAAACAUUUUAUGCAUCACGCGUUCAUCGUCCUGGUCACGGACAGCUGGUUCUGGUCCAUCGAAAAGGACGAAGGAGGCAUCACCAUUCAACGAUCAAAGCGCCUGGACGAUGUUCGCGACCAGUGUCGCAAACACGGCCGUAUGACCGGCCUAACCACCGGGAUCGCUUUGGCGCAUCAAGGCCCCAGCAAUGCCACCGUGAUCGAACUCCUUAGUUACAUGUGGACGCAAAACUGCAUGAAUUUAGAUUACCAUUUUUUAGGCAACAACUGCCAGAAUUUUGCCAAUUUGAUUUUCGGGAACUUUGUCUUACCGCCGUUUAACGAAGUGCCAAGGGUCAACAUCAAGUUGAACAUGUCAGGAUCAGGCUGACGAGUUGUUUGUCGUUGUUGAUGUAUUGUACCACCAACUGUGCAUCUCUAGUUGUCCUUCCAGCACGUACUAAUAUGGUCUGCUAAAUAAAAUGCAUUUGUUAUUUUCUUGUAAAUACAACCGUAGCGAUCACGACUCGCAAUCGAUC